GUCGCGAGUUGCCCUCAUGCUGCCCCCUUCACCCUCUCGGCCUCUCGCUCCCGCAGUCUGCAUGCUGCAACUCGGGUCUCUCGCUCUCUCGUCGUGUCUACCUCCAUGCCUCAUGCCUCAAAGCGGGAGAGAGAUCGCGCCGUUCAAGAUGGUAUAUAUACCUCCCUGACAUCCGUUAUCUCGCAUUAUCGCAUUUCGCCCCCCGUACCCGUCUCGAAUUUGUCUUUCAUCCUUACCAAACUUCCAACACUAGACCUCCCCCGCGAGAAAGCUUCCAUCCCCCACACAUACGCAAACAAUCGACUUCGUCACCCAUGUCGUCGAUCCUCUUCAAACGCCCUACCAUGCUGGCACUGGCCGGCGUCGUCACCCUGAUGUCGCUCAUCCCGACCGCCGAGGCCCAGUACCGUCGACCGUAUGGUUACUACAAUCGACGACGUGGUGGAUGGCGAAACAUCUACCUCCUCGCCAUCAUCUUGCCCAUCGUCUUCUUCGCCCUGAUCCUGCUCUUCUGGAUGUUCGUCUUCCGAAAGCUGCUCGCUCGUCGACGUCAACGACAUGCCGAGGUCUUGCCUUCGCACACUUCGAGCACCAUGUACCCUCAGACUGGGGAAUACUCCAACCCGUACACCGGGGGCAAUGCUGGGUACGACAACAACACGUAUAACUACGGGCAACAGCAGACCACCCAGUACCCGCAACAAGCGCACGUAUCUACCGGUCACCAGCAAUACGCUCCUCCUCCCGGAAAGCCUCCUCAGGGAUAUUAGACGCGAUGAGACGCGAUGGAGGAUAGGGGACGAGAGAGAUGAAGUGAAAGAUGGAAACGAUUAUAAUAACGGUCUGAACGAGUUCCCAAGUCCGUAUCGCCUGAGAUUGUCAUAAAACUGUAUCCACAAGCGUGUACCAUCGAUAUUAUCCUGUAGCUGUAGUCAUGCCUCAUAUACGUCAACAUGCCUAAGCCUAUAGGCCUAA